UUAAUUAGGUUAUCAUGUGACCAUUUCUCUACUUUUGAAUCAGGUUUUUGGCAAUCUCUAAACCUAGCGGCGUUGGUACCCAACACAUUCUCUGCGUCAACGCUUCAGCAACAAACAUGGCAGAGGAGAAGCGAAAGGAGAGAGGCGACGCUAACCGCCACACCGCAAAAAAGAAGUCGAAGAAGACUUCCGACAAUCAACGGAAGAAAACUGGUCCUCGUUUGCCUUCAUCUUUGAAAAAAGAGAUUCAACACUUAAACCCUACCCCUGUUGAUGUCGAUGAUAUCGACAGCGAUGUUUACGAAUACGAAGAAGAACAACCUGAAGAAGAAUCCAGAAAGAAUAAGCGUUACGACCCUGUUUCUGUUAAUGAUGAUAAUGACCUUUCUUCUGAUUUCGAGGAUGAGAAUGUACAAUCUGAUGAUGACGACGGCGGCUACGAUUUUAUUGGUAAAAAGAGGAAGGAAAUUGAUUCAGAUGAUGAUUAUGGGGAGGAAGAUGAUGAGAGACAUGAAAGGAUGUUACAACGAAUUACCGGUAUGCCGAGCAAGCCUUUUGAUGGCAAUAAGAAGGCGAGGAAGAAUGAUGUUAUUCCGGAGCUAUAUCCAGAGUCUGAAAAUAAUCCUAGUCAUGAUGUUGUGGAAGGUGAUGGACGAAUUAGUAUCGAGGACCUCCUUAAUCCUCUUCGUGACGAUCCCGAUCAUUCAAGACUCCGGUUAAGAAAUCAACAAAUUGAGAAUCGUUCUAGAACUGUUCAUGCACCACUUCCAAAGGCAGAUCAAGCGAAGGUGGAAAGGAAGGUGGCGUAUCAAAUAUCUAAGGAACAAGUCACAAAGUGGCAACCCCUUAUUCAGAAAAAUAGGGAGGCUCCUACUAAGUACUUUGAUGAAAAGACAGAUCUAGGGUUUUCAACUAUAGGAGCAAUAGCUUCUGAAUUUGAACCCAGAACUGAAUUUGAGAGGAAAAUGGCUGCACUAGUUCAUCAUGACAAAAUUAUCGAAGCUCAUAAAAACGAUGGUGCUAGUCUUCUUGACAUGAACAAGGUUUCUAUAGUAUGUGAGAAGGAUAGGCAAAACCGGAAUGCUAAAUUGCGGAGCCUUCUUUUUCGUCAUGAAAUGAAGGCAAAACAUGUUAAAAAGAUAAAGUCCAAAACAUACCAUCGUUUGUUAAAGAAACAUAGAUUGAAGGCAGAAUCUUCUCAGUUGGAAAUGGAUCCUGAAGCUACUAAUGAAUAUGCCUUGAAACAAGAACGCCAGAGGGCAGAGGAACGCAUGACUCUGAGACACAAACACAAAAGUCCAUGGCUUCAGCGUAAAAUGCAACGUGGUUUAGAUAAGCAGGAUGAAGGAACUCGUGCUGCCGUGACUGAACAUUUUCAAAGACACGAGGAACUGACUAGAAAAAGGAAUACCAUGGACAGUAGCAGCAGUGAUGAUAGCACUUAUGAAGAUGACGAUGAUGAGAAUGCUGCUGAUUCUGAUCCGGGUAAGGCAAACAAUAUUUUGCGUAAAGCAAAACAAAAGACACUAGAAGUGCUGGAGGAAGAUGAUGGAAUGCCCAAGUCGGGAUUGCUAUCUUUACCUUUUAUGAGGCGUGGAUUGGAGAAAAGAAAAGAAGCAACUAUUGAAGAAGUCAACCUUACCGUACAAGAAUAUGAAGAUUCCAUGAAGAAGCUGGACGAUUCUGGCGGCUCAGAAGAUCCAAAAGUAGCAUCUACCGGUGGCAGAAGAGUAUUUGGAAUGGCUAAAGCCCAAACAAUUGGUGCUGAUAAUAAGGUGGAAUUAGAUAAGUUUUACAAUAACAGUGAUAGCGAGGAUGACUUUGAGGCCAAGAAAAGUGGCAACAUUGAGAAUGACGGAAGUGAUAAUCUGCAGAAGGAUGUCAUCAAUGAUUCAGUCUUAAAUCAAGAGAAUAUCGAUUCUCGCAAAGAAUCUGUUUUUAAGAACUUUGAUGAGAUUGUAAAAAAUCCGGGGCCAAAAACUACAUAUGAAGUUUCCAUAUUUGCCUCAGAUACAUGGAAAAAGGCAAAAAACAAAAAUGGUAUAGACACAGACAUCAAGAAGUCUUCAAAGUUUACUAGGUCUGUUAGGCACAAUGUAAAGAACUCUGAAAAAGAUCAAUUGGGAGAGGAUAGCGAUACAGAUGAUGAAGGGCAGAUGGUCGACGGAAUUCUGACUUCUGCAUCUAAACCAUCUUAUGAACUUCCGUCUCAAGAGGAGCUCAUUCGACAAGCUUUUGCUGGGGAUGACGUAGAAGAUGAUUUUGAAAAGGAUAAGCAGGAGAUCCUCAAUGAAGAAAAUCCUGAGCCUGAGAAGCCUCUAUUACUUCCUGGUUGGGGUCAAUGGACUGAUAUACAGCAAAAGAAAGGUUUACCAUCCUGGAUGGUCAAAGAACAUGAAAAUGCCCGGAUAAAAAGGGAAGAAGCCCUCAAGAAGAGAAAGGAUGCUCAGUUGAAAAAUGUCAUCAUCUCUGAGAAAUCAAGCAAGAAGGCCGAGAAACUCCAAACAAAAACGGUGCCUUUUCCUUAUACUUCCAAAGAUGUCUUUCAUCAGAGUAUGCGUAUGCCCAUUGGACCUGAAUCUAACCCGUCAACUACAUUUGGACCUCUUACUCGGCCUGAAGUGGUGAAGAAACCAGGUGUUAUUAUAAAACCGAUAGAAUUUGAGGAAGUGAAUCCUCACGUUAAACCAGAGCAACAGAGCGUUAAGAACAAGAAGUUGAAUAUAACCAAAGGCAAUGAUAGCGAAGCCAUAAAAAAGUCGAAGUUGAAGGUCAAGGGAAAUAAGUAAGUGGGACUGAAUUUUGAUUGUGAUCCAGUUCUAUAAAUAUUCACCAUUUUCAGUGUAUUCUUUGGAAAGAUGCACAUUGGAGAUUGUAAGAGAAAAGAAAACCGAUUUUGGUAGGGGUAAGCUUAUGUCAUCCAAGAGAUAAUAGAACGAGGGAGAAUAGCUUCCCUUGAGUAUUACUCCUAGUAUUCAAAGUAUCACAGCUUAAAUUGUUGAUUUACUUAUAGCAAAAAUGUUAUUUAUUUUCCAAUUUGUUAUGCUUUAGCUGUUAAGGUGGUUACAGAGAAUCUCUUAUCUGUGACAAAUUUCUUAUGUUGGGAUGUCAGAUUGUCUUUAUAUUUUAUCUCAUUUGUUUUACAGCCGUA